GUGUUUCGCAGGCGCCAUACAAAGUGCAAGCUCGACAGCGCGUGAAUAAACCCGGCGCGCCCAUUUGGAAUUGCCGCCAUGAGUACAACCCGCCUCCCGGCCGUCGUCACGCCGGCGGUCCCGACGGCCAUAUCGCCGAUGGUCGACUGGUCCACGACGUGCCCCUUUGGCGCGUACUCGUCGACGUUCUCGUUCGACACGCCAUUCUGCCCGCCCUCGACCGCCUGUCUCGUCGACAGCAAGUGCCAGCGCACCAAAGUCUUCGAAUCGUCUGUGCGUGAGCUCGAGAUUGACGACCACAUCGACUUGAUUGAGAACCUGCCCAACAUGACCACCUUGACGUUCCGCAGCAACGGCCUCGUCCGCAUUGGCCUGCCGCUCUCGCAGCUGCCGACGACGACGUCGGCGCCGACUUCGUUCAACAUUUCAUCAGUCUACCGCGUUGAGAUGGCGCUCGUUGCCAACUUGACCUUGGUCGACAACCCGUACAUUAUGGGGGACGUCUACUUGCCCUACGAACUCACGACGCUGAGAAUGCUCAACGGCACGUCCAACCUCGACCAGUUCCGCAUUCGCUACUGGCCACCGCAGCUCAAGCACUUGGCCGUCGAGGGCUCUGAAGUCGUGUCGUUCAGCAGCCUCACAGAGUCCUACUACAACCGGUCGGGCUCGGUCACGCCGCUUGAGACCUUCUCGGGUCGCUACAACGCAGUUCGUCAGUUUGAAGACUUUCCGCCCGCCGAGAUCCUCGACCUCUCGGACAACUGGAUCAAGCUCGUGCGCACGACGGCCUUUGAAAACGCCACGUCGCUGAUCCUCGACAACAACCCGGUCGUGACGGUCUACAAUGUCGGGUCGCCGCGCAACCAGUUUAGCUUUCGAUGCGCCAACUGCAACAUUUCAAUCUUUCAAACCGACGCCGCGUCGCUCACGACGCUUCAAAACGCCAAAGCGCUCCCGAGUGCAACGUCCCUCGCGGCCGACUGCGAAGCGCGCAACACGGUGCUCCAGACGCUGCCCAACUUCCUCUCGACGGGCAUCUGCGUCGUGCCCAGCAGCAUCGUUCCCAACCCCGGCAACCUCGUGGUCGUGCCCACGUGCUUUCCCAACGCGACGCAGGCACUGACGAGCACCAACUGCCUCUCCAAAGGCGCCGAGUUCUGCCUCGUCGACGCGCAGUGCCGCGAGGUUGAACCCUUCUUUGGCCGCGACGAGACGAUGGAUUUUCAAGGCAAACCGAGCUUUUCGCUUGCGGUUCUCUCGUUUCCCAACAUCCACUCACUCACGAUCCGCAACGCCAACGUGUCGUUCUUGAACGCGACAAGCGUCUCAACGCUUGAGAACCUCAAGCUCGUCAACAUUACGUGGAGCAACCUCGCAACAAACGCGCCGCCGCUGCCCGCACUCACGUCCUUCGAGUGCGUCAACUGCGGCUGGGGUGCGAUGAGCGACGCGUACCCGUGGCCAUCGUCCCUCAAGCGGCUGUCGCUUCGGGGCAACAAACUCAUGUCCUUUCGCGAAGACGCGACCGGCAACUGGCCCAAGAACCUCGAUUUUUUGGACUUCUCCGACAACAGCAUCGAGACGUUUGAGGGAAUUCCGUCGUCGCGGGAGCUAGUCAUGUGCAACAACCGGAUGCGCACGCUGGAUCUGAAGGACUUCAACCACGCGCGCUUCCUGGAUUUUUCAAGCAACGCGCUGCGCAAGAUCACACUUAAUAGCAUCGACAGCCACGACAACAUCACGCUGAUCCUCGAAGGCAAAAGCCUCGCGACGCUGACGGUAGACGACGCGACGUUCCGGUCGCUGCAAGCGGGCAACGUCACGUUCGUGUCGGCGCAAGGCACGUCCGUGUGUGAAAUGGGCGAGCUCCGAACCGCCUCGUCGCGCCAAGAUAGCUUUAGUGCGUGCGUUGUGGGGAAAUCGUGGACCGCCGCGAUGAUCAUUGGUGUGUGCCUCGGUAGCGCCUUUGUCAUGGGCUGCAUCGUGUACGUCGUCAUGCGCGUGCGCCGGCACAAGCUGUCGCGCUCGAUGAUUGACAACAACUUUGCGGCGCUCGUCGAACUCUCGUCCGAUAAAGAAGAGCAGCUCAAGUUCCUUAGCUCCAUUGAGGCGUCCGUGACGACCUCGCUGACACCGCACCGCCUCAACACGGACGUCAAGCUGCUCGACACGAUCCUCGGCCGUGGCGCGUACGGCGAAGUGGUCCUCGGCGAGUACAACGGCCGGCUCGUGGCCGUCAAGCGGCUGCGCGAAGACAACGCGACCAUCAAGAACAUUGAAACGUUCAUCCAGGAGAUUGAGCUCAUGUCGCGCUUUGACAGUCCGUUCUUGGUGCAGUUUGUCGGCGCUUCGUGGACGCACCUCGCCGAUAUGAAGUGCGUCGUCGAGUACAUGGAGAAAGGCGACUUGCAAACGUACCUCGAAGCGACGACCGAGGACAAGGAAGUGCUGUUUCCGUGGGCCGACAAGAUUCGCAGCGCGCGGGACAUGACCCGGGGCCUCGUCUACCUCCACAACCAAAACGUGAUCCACCGGGAUUUGAAGUCGCGCAACGUCAUGCUAACGGCGGCGCUGGAGGCCAAGCUCGGGGACUUUGGUAUCGCGCGCGAUGCGACUGACGAGAGCAUGACCAACGCGGUUGGUACGUACCGCUGGACGGCCCCCGAGGUGCUCAAGGGCAAGCACUACGACACCAAAGCCGACAUUUACUCGUUUGGCAUGAUUUUAACCGAGCUCGAUACGCACGCAGUGCCGUACGCCGACAUGGUCAACGACCGGGGCCAGGCCCUUGGCAAUUUUACCAUCAUGUACAAGGUCAUGCAAGGCAAGAUCAAACCGACGCUCUCCGAGUCGUGUCCCGACUGGCUGCGAGAGAUGGCGCUCGAGUGCAUUGCGUUUUCGCCUGACGAUCGACCGACGGCACUCCAACUCGAAGCGCGGCUGGAAGCUCUACUCAUCGCGACCGAGUCCAUCGUCACGUCACCAACCCAUUAAUUUAAACAACUCAAUAGAAUGUCUCUGUUUGCAUGCG